AUGCGACUCCCAUUCCCAUUUCUGUUGCCCAUCGUGUUGCUGGCACAAGUGACCGCUGCUCAAAAUGCUGGGCUCAACAAUCUACCCGCUAUCUGCGCUGGUGUCAAAGAAGUCUCAACAUGCAAGAUCAAGGUCACCGUACCAAGUGGCGUCAGAGUCAACAUGCGGACAGUCAAGGUCCCCACGUGGAACAAGUGCAAAAGCCGCGUAUCGGCGACACGGAGCUGCCCAACCGUUAAAAAACCCCUCAGGCGUUGUAAAGUAUGGACUUGCGUCCCCGGCUGGGAGAAGAAAUCGAAACAAAUUCCUUCUAGUUUAACCAUUCUUACCAGGGAGAUCGAUCUCUGCGAAGAUAUUCGUAGGGCGCUCGGCAAGACUCUGGGAGACAAGUUCAUCAAGUCAUCAGAGGCCAUCUGCGGUUGCUUCACUCGCUUGCAAACCUUUGCGACGACGGGUUCCUUCACGGCCAUGUCUAUUCGGGGCGAGAUAAGCACAGCUACCACGAAGGUCGCAGACGACACCCUCAGUAUCGAAAAGGUUCUUUUUCCCUCUUUGUCGUUUGAUUUCUCGUCUAAUGGGUCCCAGUGUUUUGGAAAGGUUAGUCUACCAAUUCUCAACAACAAAGUUGAUAUUGCGAAUGUUCUCAAGUCGAUCGCUCCUUGGGUCAUCGCCCAAGCCAAGGAUAUCGACCUUUCAGUAUUCCAGUCUCUCGCUCGUGUAGUCGCCGCCUGUCAAGCCGGUAACUGCAACGCAAAUUCCAUCAGCGCCGCUGUCAACGCUUAUCUUGCCGCCUCAUUCCAAUCAAUGGAGCCCCCAAUCAAGUCGGUACUUGUUCAAUGGGAUGGCGCCCUUACUCGUAUCGAAGAGAGAGUCAAGGAUAUUAACGAAGCUGCUGACUCUUUGGCAAACAACUACGAUACCAUGCGUGCGGAAUUUGAUUCAAGCAAGCAAAAGAUUUGCGAGGAGCUGCAGCGCUGUGAUGGACAGGGAGUCCCAAAGUUCCUCGACCGGGUCGAUGAGGUUAUCGAAGCUGCCAAUAGACUCUGGACAGUCCGAGGUCCCCUUGACGUUCCAUCUAGCCGACUCAGCAAUAGGCUGGCUGACACUAUUCAGCUCAGAAAGGACAUCAAAAAGUAUCCAGAGGCGACAAGUCUAUUGUCCACGAUCAAGCAGGGCAAGUUCAAAAAGAUGAGCGACAUCUUCCUAUUCAUUCCCAUCGUUCAACGCCUACCAGAGCUAGCCAAACAGAUCAAGACUGAUCUCUCACCACUCCAAAGUGUCAUCAAAGAAUACAAGCAGUUAUCCGGAGAAACUCACGAUAACGUAUGGUCCCUCAGCUGGUCCAACGUUAUCUGGCCUGAUACAGAACUCACAUCCGACUCACCCGAGUCAGAUGCUGCAUUGAUCGCCGAACUAGACGCAGUAGAUACACUCGUCAGAGAUUACCUUUCGAGCCCUCUCCGUGUAUACAGCGACGGCAUGUUCAUAAUGGACGCUGAGCUCAGGGGCUUCUCGGUGGUCAACGGGUCGUUUGCCAUGGAGACCAAGGUGGCGACGUAUAACCGCUGGACGACUAUCUCUAUGGACAUGCCAUGCUCCAAAAAGGAGACAAAGGUGUACAAGAAGAGCGGGCUUCAAAAGUCCUUUUCAUGGAGGACGUACUUCAAGUGCAAAGUGGCUCCUGUGACGGCGUAUUUUCCCAAGACUCAUGUGCCUUAUGUUAGGAUUCGGGGUGGAGCAGGAAUAGAUCCCAACGAGCUAUAG